AUGGUGAGAUUGAUCUCUGUUCGUUGUCUUCAUUUCUUAAUAUACCUUUUCAAGUUUUCCCUAACGCUGGUUUUGGCCAUUGUAGUACAGGGUACAAGUAUACAAGUAUCCGAAUACAAAGCCAAGUCACCUGAUGACGCCAGGAUGCAAUGCCUUCCACCUACUGAAACUGUAGAAAGUUCAAACGAUACUUACACCUGUAGAAUGGACGCAACGGAGACCCUGGUACAGGAAAUGGGAAAAACAUUCGCAAUCCUAGAGCAUAUCGACAAUUCCUCCAUGACGUGCUUAAAUGGUACUACGCUGCACCGCGGAGUGAUGAACUGGGAGAGAAAUAAAACAUUUGAUACGUGCAGCUACAGAAUUAAAAUCGAAGCGGGGUAUUAUCUAAUCCUAAGUGAGAGCUCAAACGCAAUUACAUUUUUUGAAAAGACCAAAUGUAAAGGAAACCAAACAUGCCCUUCAGAAAGCUACUAUUCUGAUGAAAUUGGUAGGUAUCUAAUUAUGUAA